AUGGCAGAAACUAUUGUUCCCGAGGCCAUUUUUAUAGGCGCUAACAAGCAAACCCAAGUUAGUGACCUACACAAGGCUAAGAAAAUCGUCGCAUUUGGCGCAGGUAAAACCAUUGCAUUAUGGAAUCCCAUCGAACCGAACAAUCAGGGUGUUUACGCCACUUUGAAAGGCCAUGAAGCUGAAGUCACUUGUGUGAGGUUCAUUCCAGAGUCACAAUUUAUGGUAUCUGCAUCUGAAGAUCAUCACGUCAAGAUCUGGAAAUUUACUGAUUACUCGCAUUUACAAUGUGUACAAACCAUUGAACAUUAUUCCAAGACAAUUGUAGCAUUAACCGCUUUACCGAACCUCAUAUCAGUCGGUUGUGCUGAUGGUACAAUCACCCUAUGGAGACAGGACACUCAAAAUGAUCAGUUUAGUCUCGCUCACAAAUUUACGAUAAAAAGGGGAUUUUUUUACCCAUUGUGCCUAUCGUUGUCUAAAGUCCAAGAGAACAAGUAUUUACUUGCCAUUGGUGGUACCAAUACGCAUGUUUUUAUUGCGUCUUUCGUCCUCGAUAAUGCCGGCAUUGAAAACUGUCAAAUCGUUGCAGAAUUAGAAGGACAUGAAGACUGGGUUAAGUCAUUGGCGUUUCGCCAUCAAGAGACUCCAGGUGAUUAUUUACUAUGCUCUGGGUCCCAAGAUCGUUAUAUCAGAUUGUGGAGAAUCAGAGCUAAUGAUUUGAUUGACGAUUCUGAAGAGGAUUCAAAAAAAUUAACCCUGUUGAGUAAUAAACAAUAUAAAUUUAAUAUUGAUGAUGAGUUGAGAGUGGGCAUAAACUUUGAAGCUCUAAUUAUGGGCCAUGAUGACUGGAUUUCAUCUCUUCAGUGGCACGAAUCCCGUUUACAACUCCUAGCUGCCACUGCUGAUACUUCAUUGAUGGUAUGGGAACCUGAUGAGACCUCGGGUAUUUGGGUAUGUGGUCUGCGAUUAGGUGAAAUAUCUUCGAAAGGUGCCUCGACUGCUACUGGUUCCUCUGGUGGUUUUUGGUCCUGUUUAUGGUUUACCCAUGAGGGAAUGGACUUCUUUUUGACUAAUGGUAAGACUGGAUCUUGGAGAAUGUGGGGUACAAAGGAUAAUAUCAUAUGCGACCAGAGAUUAGGCAUAUCAGGUGCCACAAAGGAUGUUACAGACGUUGCUUGGUCCCCUACUGGUGAGUACCUAUUGGCCACUUCUCUGGACCAAACUACAAGACUUUUUGCUCCAUGGGUUUACGACGUCAGCGGGAAGAAAAGGGAAAUUGCAACCUGGCAUGAAUUUUCUAGACCACAAAUACAUGGUUAUGAUAUGGUUUGUGUUGAACCAAUUACGGAUACCAGAUUUGUUAGUGGUGGUGAUGAGAAAAUUUUAAGAUCUUUUGAUUUACCUAAAGGCGUGGCUGGAAUAUUACAGAAGUUUGUUGGUCUCCAAUUUGGUAAAGAAGAUGAAUUGCCUGAAUCAGCCACUGUUCCUGUUUUAGGUCUGUCUAAUAAAGCCGGAGAAGAUGACUCUUAUGAAGAUGACGAUGACGAUGAAGACGACAGUAAUAAUACUCCCGACGUCAUUGAUCCCUUAUCCUUACUAGAGUGCCCACCAAUGGAAGACCAAUUACAGAGACACUUGUUGUGGCCAGAAGUUGAAAAACUUUACGGACACGGUUUUGAAAUAACGUGCCUUGAUAUUUCUCCUGAUCAGAAAUUAAUUGCCUCUGCUUGUAGAUCAAAUAAUGUUCAGAAUGCAGUUAUCAGAAUAUUUAGCGCGGAAAAUUGGUUGGAAAUAAAGCCUUCCUUACCGUUCCACAGUUUGACGAUAACAAGAUUGAAAUUCUCCAAGGAUGGGAAAUUUUUGCUGAGUGUCUGUAGAGACAGAAAAUGGGCACUUUGGGAAAGAAACAUGGAAGACGACACUUUUGAACUGAGAUACAAGAAUGAAAAACCGCAUACAAGGAUUGUGUGGGAUGCAGAUUGGGCGCCCUCGCAGUUUGGUAAUGUAUUUGUGACUGCAUCCAGAGACAAGACCGUCAAGGUCUGGAGGCACCAAAAGGAACCAACUGAUGAUUACGUUAUGGAAACAUCAAUUAGGCACAGUAAAGCUGUCACUGCUGUCUCUGUACACGAUACCAUGGUGGGAGAUAAAAUCUUAAUAUCCGUGGGUCUUGAAAAUGGUGACAUUUAUAUAUAUAGUUAUACUUCUGGCAACUUCGAUUUAAUAGCACAGUUAAAAGAUGAUAUAACGCCAGCUGACAAAGUCACGAGAUUAAGAUGGUCACAUUCAAGGAGGAAUGGUAAAUUCUAUUUAGGUGUAGGAAGUAGCGAUUUGUCUACUCGUAUAUACUCUUUGGCUUACGAAUAG